UUGAAAGAAGCCCACGUACAUCUCUCGUGAUGUGCAUAUAUAUAUAUAUAGUGUUAGUUCUUGCCAUAGAGGAAAGGAGAAAAGAGUGACACUAAUUUCAAAUGGAAAUUGCUCUCUCAUAACAGAAUUCAAGAGGAGGAAGAACAAGUAUAUAAAAACUAUAUCUACAUAGUUAUAUCUCUCUCUUGAGAUUUCAAACGUAGAGAUAUGGAAUGGAGGAAGUGCUACUUGGAUGUGAUAUUGGUGCCCUUGGGAUUUCUAACAAGCAUUGGGUACCAUUUCUGGCUAUGGCACAAGGUUCGAACUCAGCCACACACAACCAUCAUUGGCAUCAAUGCUAGUGGCCGUAGAAAUUGGGUUAAUGGCAUGAUGAAGGACAAUGACAAGAAAAACAUUCUGGCUGUUCAAUCACUAAGGAACACAAUAAUGGGUGCUACUCUAAUGGCCACAGCCUCCAUCCUACUCUGCUCAGGCUUAGCAGCAUUGAUAAGCAGCACCUACAGUGUGAAGAAGCCACUCAAUGAUGCAGUGUAUGGGGCACAUGGGGAGUUCAUGGUGGCCCUCAAAUAUGUCACACUCCUCACCAUUUUCCUCUUCUCAUUCUUCUGCUACUCUCUCUCCAUAAGGUUCAUAAACCAAGUGAACAUCCUAAUCAACACCCCUCAGGACCCGAUGUCCCUGGUGACCCCACAAUACAUAAAGGAAAUCUUGGAGAGAGGCUUCAUUCUCAACACUGUGGGAAACAGGCUCUUCUAUGCUGGACUACCCCUGUUGCUUUGGAUCUUUGGUCCUGUGUUGGUGUUCCUGUGCUCCCUGACUAUGGUCCCAGUGCUCUACAAUCUUGACUUUGUGUUCACUAGUGGGAAGGGAAAGGUGGAUGCCAAUGAAAUUAAUAGGGAUUUUGUAUGAAAUAAUGUAAUGUAAUAAUUAUGGAGUAUUAAUUAUUAAUUAUAUAUAUGUGGGAGUGACAAUUAAGGUAGGUCUUUUCUCAUUUUAAUAAUAUCAAAAAUGUGCAUGUAUGAUUUACCCGCUGUAACUAGCUAGCUUUCAGGUGAGUAGUUUCUAUAGUUUGCUGGGCUGUGAAUAAAAAGCAUACAUGGUGCAUA